AUACUACCACCCAUGCACCAAUUCGUUGCUGCAGGCGACAUCUGGUUAAAAUCAACCGUAUUUGAACGAAGCCCUCUUCCGCAGGUUCUGACGGUAAAGAUGUACAAAAUUGUCCUUCGUUCCUUUUUUAUUGCAAAUCCAAUAUGUAAUUAUUGUAAAUAUUCUUUUUAUAGUAGAUGAUCAUUAUUUUCCAACAGUUUGUAGUCAAAAAAAACGUUUAAAGAAUUUAUAUUUUACAUUAGCAUAAAAAUAAUGUCGCUGAUUGUAACGAGAAUCCGUUAAACUUCAACUAAGAGUUUGUAUACACCCCGGUUAAUACCUGUUUUCUGUUACACUUGAAGUUGAUGAUCAAGUUCAACUGCUCAGGCAGGAUCGCAAACACUAUUCAUGUCUCAUGUAAACUCGGCUUAAUACGAUUCGAAAUUAGCAGGGGAUUUUCAUCUCAGGUUAUAUAUAUAUACAACACAUAUACUUCUCCAUUGCACAGUCGUGAAAAAGCUAGCGUUUUGCCUUCGGAUAUUUUGGCUUAAAGUUGAAAUAUUUAUCGACACAUUGCGUCAAAUCUGUAGUUUCAGUAGUUCGCAGUGUUUGAAAAACUGUAUAACGAUCGCUUUUUAAAGGUAUGGUCCUACGUGAAAAUCAGCUGUUACAUUAAAAGAACAAAAACAUCAACUAGUCAGCUGACACAAUGAAUGAAACUAGUCCAGUAACAACGGCUGGUCAAUACAUAGCGGAAUUUUUCGAAGACUUGGAAAGGACCACAGGAUUUAGACCGCAUGAGUUUCAGCCUGAAGCAUUACGGAAAAGAUUGAGACAAACUUUGAAUGAUUUAUACAGAUUGAAUCUUGGCCGAUCAGCACUGCAACACAUCAUGUCGAUAUGUCGAUUCAUAGUUAGAGUAUACCAAGGCGAAGACAUCGAUCUCGAAAGAUCCGUCGAAACUUUUGUCGAUGUACUGAAUAAAUAUGUAAUGGCUUUGAAGAGUAUGUUCUUACUUCAGUUUUCUCUGUUCUUGAUAGACGAAAGCGAUCAGAACAUGUUAAAAUACGUUAUCGCAGCUAUGUUCUUCGUAUUUGACUUUCUGUGUAAUAAGUUGAUUAUAAAGAGUGCUGAUAUGUUAAAAAGAUGGCUACCCAUACUAUUGAGAGCCUGCUGGAAUGUAGCUACAGAGUUUUAUUCAAGAUUCUCGGAUCUUUUGUUCAUUGGUCGAGCGAUGAUCGCCGCCUAAGCAAAAAUAAUAAGGCUCUAUGAAUAAACGUUGACUAUCUAACUUGCCUUAGGUGGCAGGUUAGUUAUUAUUAAAAAAGAGA